UGGGCUUUAAAAAGUAUACUCCUUAUGUUUUCAGCUCCUCUUUUUUCUUUCGUUCCGGAGAUCUUCCAUCGUCCAGUCUGAAACUCAGGAGGGCAGCUUGAGAAUUUGAUAAACAGCUUCCAUGGAGGAACCAAAGCAAGCCCAGUCCAUCACAUCCACCCAACUCCCAAACCCUCCUCCAACAGCUACUUCUCAACCUCCUCCACCUUCUCUUCCUCCUAAACCCAAGAAGAGACCCCUUCACAAUGAUUCUCCUUAUCCCAAUUCUAACUGCUUCUUCAAAAUUCGCGCUCUUCUCAAAGAUAUUCGUCCUCAUUUUCUUGAGGUUCUUCGGACCCCUGACUUUCGAAGCUGCAAGGCUGCCCAUGAAAUUCAAGAACAAACGAAGCUUCUGAUGGAAUUAUACAAACAGAUGACAGCCCAAACAAUUGCCAUAGGGAAGAAUACGACAGAAAACCAGCCAUUAUCAGGUGAAAGUAAGGAUGGUCCAAAGGCACAAGAAAAACCCCACGAUGUUACAACAGAUCAGCCUAAAUCAAACAACUUAUUUGCAAAGCCAUCAGCGGCACCUGAGAAGCUGCGGGCUGACGACUGCCAGGUUUCAGGAUCAUAUAUUGUCGGAGGAUCAGCUUUUGGGUGGAACUUCAUCACCUUUACCAGCAAAGAUUCAGUCUAUUAUGGUGUUACAAAGGAGUCAUUUCGAGCAGCUAAGUCCUCUGUAUCCAUAUAGUAGAGCCUGAUAAAGUGGUUAGAGCAAAAUAACGGCUGAUAUCAAUGCUUGUUGUCCUAUUGUUGAAAUUAUCUUCCUUGAUAGGCAUUAAAAGUUAGUAGCUGCAGAAAUUUUUUUGAUGAUCUAAUAUUCUUAACCUGUUGUGCUCUGAAAGGGUUAUGUGGAAUGCUUUGUAAUACUUUCUUCGUAUCAGAUUCAAUAUUGUUGUCAUCGUUUUCAUCUAA